GCUGAGUGGCUCUGCGAGAGUUAUUGUGUUACGAGCUUAACAGCCUUUCUCACCAUGUCUGGUCGCGGUAAGGGCGGAAAGGGCCUAGGCAAGGGUGGCGCCAAGCGUCAUCGUAAAGUAUUGCGUGACAACAUCCAGGGAAUCACCAAGCCCGCCAUCCGGCGCUUGGCUCGCCGCGGCGGUGUCAAGCGUAUUUCUGGUCUUAUCUAUGAGGAGACUCGCGGAGUGCUGAAGGUUUUCCUGGAAAAUGUCAUCCGCGAUGCUGUCACCUACACGGAACACGCCAAACGCAAGACGGUCACAGCCAUGGACGUGGUCUACGCGCUCAAGCGCCAGGGACGCACUCUGUAUGGCUUCGGCGGCUGAGUUUAGCGCGACAGUUUUCUACCGCAAAACCAACGGCCCUUUUCAGGGCCACCUACCCAGCCAGGAGAAAGAGUAGUAGUCACUGCUUUAAAAAUACAUUUUCACCCUUAGUACCUUCGUAUUUCAAGAAGUUCAAUUGUUUUAAUUCCU